AUGGUAUUCGCGUGUUUUCAUAUGCAGCACAACAAGUUUUCAUAUGGUCUUCAGAGUACUUUUCAACUUUUUAAAUAUUGACUAUGACAGCCCAAAACAAAGAAGUUUAUCGACAAGAAAAAUGCCGUCACCUUCAAUUUGGUCCAUCGUAGCCAAAAGGAUCCACUUGCUGCGGACGAAAAAGCUCCACAAAGAGUCCUAGUUCCAAUUGGUUUAAAAGCAGACAAGAAUGCAGAGAGCUCAUCCUCAAAAUCUGUGGAACCAGGAAACCAAAAAGAAGAAUUGGCUAAACUUGGGAUAUACUUUGAUGAUGAUUACAAUUACUUACAACACUUGCGUGAUGUCAAACAAACAGCAGAGUGGGAACUGGCAGAAGAUAAUAAAAAUUCUAGAGUUUGGAAAGCACCAGUUGUAAAAGGACUUUCAGAUCACCAGUAUAAAUUGACACUGCCCUCUUCAGUUUUUCAGUCUGAAGUAGAAGAAACCGUAGGAUUGUUAAACAGAGCAGCUCCCCAUUCAGGACCUAGGCCAGACUUGGAUCCAGAUAUUGUGGCAGCUUUGGAUGAUGAUUUCAAUUUUGAGGAUCCUGAUAAUGAACUAGAAGACGACUUCAUUGCAGUUGCAAAUGGAGUGCCUUCAGAUGCUGAAACAGACGAAGAUGACGAAGAUUCCAACAUUGGCAGUGAAGAAGACGACGACGACGAUGUGUUGUGUGACAUGCGAAGCGACUGCGGACGGCGUUCGCCCGACAAUGAUGAUAAUAAGUCGCGCUUUACUGAAUAUUCCAUGACCAGUUCUGUUAUUAGAAGAAAUGCACAGUUAUCGUUGUUAGAUGACCGAUUUGAACAGUUGAUGGCCCAAUACGACGAUGAUGAAAUGGGCGCUUUAGAUUGCGAGGAAAUCGAAGGCCACAUCUCGUUGCAAGACAAAGAAGUCCUGAAAUUGGCAGAAGCAUAUGAAUAUGGAAAAACAGAGGGCAUUCGAUUAGGUCGCGAAAUCGGAAAAGUGGCAAGAGAAGAGGUUGAGGGAGCUGUGGAAAGAUAUUUGGAAAAGUACCAAAGCGAUGAGGAGGAAGACAGCAGUUCAAGUGAAGAUGAACAGGAACGUAAAUGGGACUGCGAGUCCAUCUUGUCCACCUAUUCCAACAUUUAUAAUCACCCAAAAUUAAUUUCGGAGCCACAGAAUUCCAAACUUAUUAAAGUGUGUCCUAAGACGGGCGUUCCACUUAACGUACUCGGUAAACCUGGUUUGACGAAAAAGUUUUUAGACCAGUUUAAUGAAGAAACGGGCGUGUCAAAAAAGACCAACGCGGAAACGCAAUCCAUAAUUAGCACACUGUCGGCCAUAUCCAUUCGGCCCAAAGAUGAAACGCCAGAGCAGAGGACCGAAAGGAAGCGGCUCGUGAAAGAAUAUCGUCAAGAGAGAAGAAAGGAGAAGAAAGCUAACGCGCUAGCUUUCAAAGAGGAGAAGAAAGUACAAGAGAAACAAAACGUUAACAAUCGUAAAAAUGUUAGCGGAAUCAGAUUGUUGUAGGAUUUCGUUAAAUACAACACUGAUACUUGCAUUAUUUGUAAACGUUCAAUAUACUUUUCAGCAUACA